AUGUCGGGUGUCGCGCCCCGCGCAGAACAGCGUUCCGACAAAUCCAGAAGUUCAGUUGACUCAAACUAUCUUUCCCAUUUUUCGGAAUAUCUCAGUCAUGUGCGCUCUCAUCUCGCCGGAAAGGAUGGCUCUGGACCCUUGUCCCCUUCUGUCUUCGCUCCGUGCGCGUACUGGACUUGCGAGGACAAGGAAGCAUUCUUUCAUGGACUAUCUGUUCAUUCACGAUUUAGACCCGAUCUCAUAGCCGAAGAGGUUAAGACGAAGUCGGCGACGGAUGUUUGCGUCUAUCUCGAUUUAUUGGAGCGCGGAGCCCAAGAAGCGGCUGGAGUGAAACGGAAAGACCUACCUGCAGCAAUGGAGGUGUCUAAUGAUUGGAUUGCACUCGAGGAGCAGAAGGCUUUAGAAAUUGCUUCUAUUGAGCCUGAGCUAGACGAAAAGAUCGUGCAAGAUGCACGAGCUGAAGAGAUUCGAGUUCGAAAACUCACGACUCGCGCCAAGAGAGGAGACGGUCGAAUAGCGGAUGAACGUGAUCGAGAAGGUGAGCGGAAGAGGAAGAAGGAGCUCAAUAUCUGGUUGAAGGACAAGCAGGAGGAAUGGGAAGUAGAAGACCUGCUCCGAGAAUUGGAUGUGCCUACGCUCAAAGCGAUGAAUGUCAUCUUACGAGAGGGCAACGAAGUGUGUGCAGGUGACGGACAAGGAGAAGACGAUGUUGCGAUGAACACCUCUGAAAGGUUGAAUUCACAAGCGGCACAGGGUGAGUCUACGGUCGGUAUGAGCACUUCGUCUCCACCAGAAGAUGAUGUGAUAGAUCCACUUCUCCGUGCCCAGUCGCAACAACCAUCUACUACUACUAUCAUUCCCGGGACCUUCACAUCUGCCAUCUCGGGCGAAUCCUGUCUUGCUCCUGCUCCUUCUUAUACGCUCCCACAACUUGUUUUCCAACCGCGGACGCCUCCAUUCUCGACUACAGUUCUUCUUGCUGAAGAUGCUCCAAGUGCAGACAUUUCGCUGGCUCAAGGUUCGCGGCCCCUUACGCCAGCGAAAGUAGACGAUGUUGUGGCAUCGUCUACAGAAUUACAGCUCUCCCCUGCAGCUCGGCGCAGGCUGCAAAAGAGACUACACAUGCGGAAGAAAAGGGCUGCCGCAAAGGGCCUCGAUGUGGACCGUACCUUGGAAAAACUAAAGCCCGGAAGACGAAGGAAAGGUGGAGUCCAUCGUGUGGAAGAACGUACCAUCGCAUCAGUUGGCCAAAAUGCCAGCCACUCGACAAGUAUUGCCAUAGAUAAAGCCGAAGAGGAGCGCCCUGCCAAGGGGCCUGGUGACUCUGCAGAAGAGGCAGAGGUUGACAACGGGAAUUCGCAGCGACAUCCUCAUCCAUCUGGUGUCACGCUACCUUACAGACUGCACGCACAAUUGCAAACGAGAGGAAUAGAUGCAGAGAAGUUACAAAAUGAAGGUUUAAGCUUAUUUAACUUGGCUUCAUUAGCCAGGCUUAUGCAGUUAUACAAUAGGUUGCAUGACGUUCCUGCGUCGAUUGCAUCUCACAUAUCCACAGACCUAAUCAGGCUUCUAUAUGCACACGUCGCCCAUUUCACCGCGCAGCUAAUGCAUCGAGCGAUAACCCUGAGAGAGCAGGAGCGGAGAGCCAAAAUGCAUACGAAGGCAUGGCGUAUGGGUAGAAACGGGGAUAUGGUAUCGUCUACCAUUCACCACGCACUGGCCAUGAUGUGUUCAGACGAAGUCAGUAAAAAGGCGCAUUUCGAGAAGCUACUGCAUAAACUUGGUUUCAAUGAGGAUAAUGUUCAAGUGGAGCCCUCGGAGAGACAGGGUGACGAGGAAGACUAUGGACAGGAUCAGGUCGGUUCGGAGAUACCCACAUUACAAGACGAUCGCAGGGUUUUUGAUGAUAACAACGAUGAUACUGACGGAGGAACUGAGGAAGAAGAUAGUCUGGAAUCCGACACCUCCGAACCCCUUCCUGAAUUUCCUCUACACCGCACAAUUUAUGCCCCAUCGAUCCGGUUGCCAUCGUAUACUCAGCCAGGUGCUACAGGCCAACUACAGGCAACAUUGGAUGCCUCCUUCUAUGCGCCUUGGCCCUCACAAUCUGCUUCCUCGGAGCCUAUUGCAGAUGACGAUAUCAUGUCGGAUGCAACAGACACGGAUGCCCUCCUGGUGGAGCUACUGGAGGAAGAGGAGCUGGAUCAGCUUGAUGAGACGAUGAAAACAUUGUAUGAAAAGUCACUGUGGGCUAAGUUCCAACUCUCCCGACAAGGACAAGGUAUGUCUGAAGACGACAAUGGACACGCUCAGGACCCACUUUACGAUGACGAGAGGUCACAGCGAAAGCGAAAGAGAGGCGCGGAUGACAAGGAAGGUGGCACCGUUGCUCUUGGGCUGAGGUUCCGGAAGCCAGAUCCUAAUGGACCAGUGAAGAGUCAGAUCUACGUCGUUGACAGCGAUUAG